AUGAAAGCAAUGGGUUUUGAACAGCCCCAACAGUCUCAACAACAACAUUCACAAAAGAAUACAGAUCCUGAAAUUGGAGUUAAUAUUGAAACUUUAAUUAUUUCUAAUAAUUCAUCAAUUAAUGGUAAUUCUUCAACAAAAUUAAAGAAAGAAAAAGAAACUAAUAAUAAUAAUAAGCCUAAAUGGAUAUCUUCAAAAUUGGAAGAGAAAAAACGUUUAUGGAAAAAAGAACUCGAAGAACCGUUACUUGUAGGUAUUUUAUAUUUGUAGGGGAGGGAGAGAGAAAGGGAGAGAGGGAGAGGGGAAGAGAGAAAUUUUAUUUGGAAUUUUGA